AUGCCCGGUAGCCGGCGGAGGGGGCUGUCCCUCGGGCCCGCCGCCCUGAGGAGGCGCAGCGGCGGCGAGGAGCAGCGGGCGCGGCGGCGGGCGGAGCUCCCCGCGGAGGAGGGGCCGGUGGAAGGCGGCGCGGGCCGAGGCCUGCCCGCCGGGGAGGCGGCGUGCUCGCCCCGCGCUGCAGAGCCAUGUUUACAUAAGACACCAACACCAAAGAGAUCAUUGAGUAGGAAAUCCCGAAUACCUACUUUCAGCUCUCCUAUUAAUGACACUGAGACACAGCAAGAAAUCUUUUGGGAUUCUCAUUCACCAAUUGCACACAGAUUAGGCAAUGGAAAAAGCAAGCAGUCUACCAGUAGAUGUGCAGUAGAAAUUUCGGAAAUCGUUAAUCGUAUUGCUCCUCAGGAUGAAAAAGCAGCCUGUAAUGAAGACUCCCUUUUAGGAACAUGGAUUGGUGAUGAUGCUAUUCCGUGUACACCCAUAGUAGUAAAAGGGCGAGCUAGGAUGAAGUUAAGUUGCACAAGAGAUCUUAAAAUAAAAAAUCCCGAAGAGGAACUCAUGAAAUUGGCUAAGGAGUUUGAUAAAAAUCUAGUAGAGUUAGAUGCUGUUCAGGAACAGGAGAAGCUUGGUCACAACUUCAUCCAGACCACCUCAGAGCCUUCAAGUAAUUCUAAAGAUGGAUUAAAUACGAAAAACCAGAAAUCACUCCUUGGUGAAGGAUCUGAAGCAGAUCCUGCUGCUUCCCUGAAACCAGUUGGAAAGAGCACUGGCAUCCCUGUGGCAGAGCCCUGUCAGUCCAGCAGUCAAAAGUCUGUAGACCUCGACGCUGAAGUAGCCCUUCAUGCUCUUUUUGACUCUUCUACCCAGAAGUGCAGCGGACAGUUGAGCCAAGGAUUGUCAGAUAUUUCUUUAAAUAAUAGUUUUCAUAAAAUUAAAAGUACCUUGGAGGAGGAGAAUCUUCCUGAGAAAGUUGAAGAGACACAGCAUGGUAAUUCAGAGGCAUAUCAAAAAGAUACUCUGUUUGCAGUAGGAAAUGUGGACCAGACUGUACCAAAAGCUGAUACUGACACCCUGACAAAAAAAAAUCCUCCUUCUUUGAAGGCACAAUUGGUGGCCUCUGCUAAGCUUGCUGGAGUAGUUCAUGAUGACUUUGAUGACUGGGAUACAGAUCUUUUGGCAGAUGACUCUUUUGUGAUGCAAAUAACCCAAAAUCCUGAAUUGAUAAGUACUGAAGAACCACCACAAAUUCCUGCAAAUCCAUUUGUGCAUGAAUUCAGUGAUGCUAGCAGAACAAAGCAAAGAAAUAGUGGCAAUUCAGUAACUUCUCUGGGGACUGUAAACAAAUCUAACACUUUGCAGAGUUCACCUUUGAAACAUUCUAGUAAAAACUUGCCACAUGUAAAAUCACUGUCUUUACAAAAGCCACGUAAGACAGAAAACACCAAGACAGAGACAAAGGCCUUGCAUGGUAAAUGUGAUGUUAAGCCAGAUAAAAUUAAAUCUGUUUGGAAGAGUACCCAAAAUAGUGAUUUGAGCCAUAUUCCUGUUUCAGUACAAUCUGAAAUGAAGAAUGGAAAUGAAUCUACUAAGCCUAAAAGUGAUGCUCUUCCUCUUUUCUCAUCAAGCCCUAAUCCUCAUAGACAACCAGCAGGAAAACCUGGGAAUGUCACUCAAACUAUUUCCUGUCAGUCAUCCAGUGUUUCUACCAAUACAAAACCUAAUGAUCUAACCAAAGUGGUUAACCAAGCUAGUAUAGGUCACUCAAAUCAAGUUGAAAUACAAAAGAAAUGUCCUCUGUCAUUUAAUGACUGGAAUGAACCAAAAUUCCCUGAUGAGAUAUUAGGUGUGUUUUGUGGAUCCAAUAGUCUUUGGGACGCAAACUAUGAAGAUGAUGAAUUGUUAUAUCAGGUGUGUGAUGAUAUAGAAAAGCAAACUCAGAGCCAGGAUGUUAAACAAGGAAAUGAAAAAAUUAGAAUUAUUCAAGGAGCCAAUACUAACUCCAGAUCAAAUGCUGAUAACAGCUUCCCAGCAUCUAAACAAGGACUACCCGAUCUCCUCUUGGCACAAAAAACAAAUGCAAAACAGGAGGCUCUCUCACUAAACGAUGCCUGUAGGAAUUCAUCAAGGGUAGUGCAUGGGCUGGCCACAACAGGUCAUGUAGUGAACUGUAAGAACAUCUCAAAUCCUCAGACUGCCAUCUCAGGUCCUUCUAUGGAGUGUAAAAACACACUGCCUAAAAACUGUCAAGAUGCUUCUGAAGAUACUGCAAAGACUGUUUCAGGGAAAUGGUACAGGUCAAAUUCUGUGCCAGCAGGAGAAGCAGGUUCUGAAGUAAGUCCUGUUAAGGCAGUAAAUAUUUUUAGUAGAAAAGCGCUCGACAGCUCACAUUUCUCGUAUAAUGCGGGAAAGAUUCCAAGUAGCAGCUCUGGUAACAAAACUUCACUUGUGCCUUUAAAGUUUAAGUUCCGAAAGAUUAACAAUUCUCAGGGUGAUCUUCAUGUAGGGUCUGAAAAUUCAGGGAAUGAUUCUGGCAUGGGGAUUACUCUGCAGGAUUUGGAAGGAAGCAAGAAUCAGGUGAACGUGACUUUGCACCGCAAGCUUGACAAUAAGAAGUCACCUUUCAAGAGACACCUUUCAGAGUCUUUUGCACAGACUACAUCAGUGUUUGCAGUAGAACAAAAAAAUAGAAAAUGUUCUCAAGAGGAGAUCGAAAGAAAAAAACAAGAAGCUCUUGCACGAAGAAAGUCCAGAACACAGGCAUUCUUUAAAGAUGCUUGAAAAUGAGUGUAUUUUGUCUGUGAAGUAAGCUGCUGGUAGGGAAAUACUGUAAUGCUAGAAGACACUUUCUGAACUCUGCUCACAGCUAUUGAUGGCAAGGUUUUUCUGGUUUUGAAUCUAAAA